UUACCUUUUGUCUCCAGAGACUGAAAUAGCGAAAGAAAGAAAACUGAGAGACUCUGAGACUAGCACUCUUCGCGGUCACGCAGCUGGAAAACUAAGGUACAGAGCCAUACCCUUACCCAUAUACUCCAUAAAUCUACCACGCAAGAUUUCUUUAACUCAACAAGCAAAAUCAAUAAAUACAACCCACAUCUUUAGAUUCUUCUCCAAAAAGCCCCAAAUCUCUAUGCUAACAAUAUGACCCCUUGAUUAUUAUUUUUUUUAAUUAUUGUUAUGGUUCUAGAACACCAUUUUCUUUGUUGUGCUCAAUCGAUUGAUCCGCAAUAGCAAAACGCAGAUUUUUUUUUUUUCUAUUUUUUGGAAAUCGUUUUGGGUCGAGAUGGAGUUCAGAAGACCGGGUUUUAGUCUCUGUCUAGGGUUUUUGCUUGUGUACUUGAUGGUUCCUAAUGUUUCUUUAGCGAGGUUUGUUGUGGAAAAGAACAGCUUGAAGGUGAUAUCGCCGGAUAAAAUAAAGGGGACGCACGAUAGUGCAAUAGGGAAUUUUGGGAUCCCACAAUAUGGGGGUAGUAUGGCCGGGACUGUGGUGUAUCCAAAGGAUAACAGAAAAGGCUGUAAGGAGUUCGAUGAUUUUGGGAUUUCAUUCAAGUCUAAGCCUGGAGCUUUACCGACUUUUGUCUUGCUCGAUCGUGGAGACUGCUUCUUUGCUUUGAAAGUUUGGAAUGCCCAGAAGGCAGGGGCUUCUGCUGUUCUUGUUGCAGAUGACAUUGAGGAACCAUUGAUAACGAUGGAUUCACCUCAAGAGGAUGGUGGUUCUGCAAAAUAUAUUGAGAACAUAACAAUACCAUCUGCACUGAUUGAGAAAAGCUUUGGUGAAACAUUAAAGAAAGCAAUAAGCAGUGGAGAUAUGGUAAAUGUGAACCUUGAUUGGAGAGAAGCUGUUCCACACCCUGAUGAUCGUGUGGAGUAUGAAUUAUGGACCAACAGCAAUGAUGAAUGUGGGGUAAAAUGUGAUAUGCUGAUGGAGUUUGUGAAGGAUUUUAGAGGUCCAGCACAAAUACUUGAAAAAGGUGGUUACACCCAGUUUACACCUCAUUACAUAACCUGGUACUGUCCUCAGGCAUUCACCUUGAGCAGGCAGUGCAAGUCUCAGUGCAUAAAUCGUGGAAGAUAUUGUGCUCCUGAUCCUGAACAGGAUUUCAGCACAGGUUAUGAGGGGAAGAAUGUUGUUCUUGAAAAUCUUAGGCAACUCUGUGUUUUUAAAGUAGCAAAUGAGAGCAAUAGACCUUGGGUGUGGUGGGACUAUGUAACUGAUUUCCAAAUCAGGUGCCCAAUGAAGGAGAAAAGAUACAACAAAGAAUGUGCUGAUUCUGUUAUCAGAACCCUUGGACUUGAUGUCAAAAAGGUUGAGAAAUGUAUGGGGGACCCGAAUGCUGAUUCUGAGAAUCCUGUUUUGAAAGAAGAACAAGAUGCCCAGGUUGGGAAAGGAUCAAGGGGUGAUGUAACCAUAUUGCCCACCCUUGUUGUCAACAACCGACAAUAUCGAGGAAAGUUGGAGAAAGGUGCUGUUCUGAAAGCUAUAUGUGCUGGUUUUGAAGAAACCACUGAGCCAGGUGUUUGUUUGAGUGGUGAUGUUGAGACUAAUGAAUGCAUGGACAAUAAUGGGGGUUGCUGGCAAGAUAAAACAUCUAACAUUACGGCUUGCAAGGACACAUUUCGUGGGAGGGUAUGUGAAUGCCCCUUGGUUGAUGGUGUUCAGUUCAAAGGAGAUGGUUAUAGCCACUGUGAAGCAAGUGGACCAGGGAGGUGCAAGCUUAAUAAUGGAGGCUGUUGGCAUGAAUCUCGAAACGGACACACCUUCUCCGCUUGUUCGGAUAUUGAUGGUGUUAAAUGCCAGUGUCCUGCUGGGUUUAAAGGCGAUGGUGUGAAAAGUUGUGAAGAUAUUGAUGAAUGCAAAGAGAAGAAGGCCUGUCAGUGCGCUGAAUGUAGCUGUAAAAAUACGUGGGGAAGCUAUGAUUGCACUUGUAAUGGAGAUCUUCUUUAUAUGAGAGACCAUGAUACCUGCAUAAGUAAGAGUGGCACUCAAGUGAGGUCAGCAUGGGCUGCUUUUUGGGUCAUUUUGAUAGGCUUGGGAAUGGCUGCUGGUGGAGGGUAUCUUGUCUACAAGUAUAGAUUGAGGUCUUACAUGGAUUCUGAAAUCAGAUCCAUCAUGGCACAAUACAUGCCACUGGACAGUCAAGCAGAAGUUCCAAACCAUGUCAACGACGAACGUGCCUGAGAAUGACAAGCUACAUUUAUCAAUCUUCAAGGAUUUCAAGCAACACAGGUGUCAUGUAGUUCAUACAGUACUCUUGUUCAUCGUGUGGAUGUUUUUUUUUCAGGCUGAAUUUAUGUGUGUCAUUAAUGUAUAUGGACAAUAAAGAAGUGUAGAUUAGAAUGUCAUGUUUACUAUAACUAUAACAUGCUUAAACGGAUGAAGUAGGGAUUGGAUUUGAGGCAGAUUGAUUAGGGACUUGGCUAUAAAGUUUUAGAAUUUUCGUUCUCA